GCGAAUGCACCACAAGCCAAAAAGCUGCUUUCAUCACACAUUUGUAUCAAGUUACGACAUUGACCCAGUAGAUGCCUAAGUGCUAUAAGUAAAUACAUACAAAAUAGGAGCGUAAGAGUUAUCUUAAGUUUGUGUAAUUAGUUCACUUCUUGUAGUUGCUCGACGCGAUACUUGAAAUGUAAUUCAAGUGUGUGGUGAAGCUGUGUCGGCUACUGACGGGUUAAAUCCGAAAUAAGAGCUAUUGCGAACAUCAUAGAAUAAUUUUAUUCUAAUUAACCGCUAUACCAUUUGAUUUCUAUCACAAGAGCAGCUUAUGAUGCACAUAUGAAUAUCUUUGCUAAUGUGUAGGAGAACUAAGCAAAUAAAAUGAAGAUGUUGAAAAAAUACGCGGCGCUAGUGAAGCGCGUCUAAGGCCUUGCUAAAAUCUCAACAUCAAUAGGCUAGUUGUGUUUCUAACGCGACACUGUCAAGUUCGUACAAAUUGAGUAGCCAGAAUAGCAAAAACUGAGACACGACCGGAGUAGCGCGCGCACACAAGCGUCAAAUUCACUAGGAAUUGUAGUGAACCAAGUGAAAAAGUGAUAAAAAAUAAAAAUAGCUGAGGCUGCAAAUUUUAUACAUAAAUGUGAUUUAUUAAGGGAAUUCUAAAAAAGAAAAUUGUCCAAAAAUAAAGAAAGUGCAGAAAACAGAAAAAUUGUAUCUUAAAAAAAUUUUUAAUUUAUAAUAUAGUAAUUAUUUGUAUUAUUAUAAUUAUUAUAAAUAAAACAUAUAAAUAAAAAAAUCCAUAGUGGCAAAAUACUUCAAUUAAAAAAAUUAAAAAAAAAACUCAUCUCCCAUUUGACCCCUUCAAUCGACUACACAAAAUGUCAAAAAUUAAAUGGAAAAUUCAACCUUAUCUGUUUAUCGUCGCUACCUGUCUCCUCUCCAGUUGUUAUGCACAAAUAGAUUACUUUUCAUCUAUUUCCGGCAUGGAAAAUCUACUAAGAACUGAGGAAUAUUUAUUGCAAAGCUUCCGGGAGUAUGUGCGAGCGAGCAAGCAUCAAUUACAGACACUUGAAAGUGAGUUGCAUCGUAUUGAAAUGGAGUAUGCACAGGCAGCGCGUAAUACUGAAAAUUAUUUGACCAACCCAGUAAAUGUUUAUCGACUGAUGAAACGCCUCACCAACGACUGGACGAUAUAUGAGGAGCGGGUGCAAGCUGAUGAUGCGGCAAAAACAUUCCUGCGACAAAUGGCUGAGUACCGAGAAACCCUAAGUUUCCCCAGCCAAGACGAUUUUGAAGCCUCGGCAGCUGCUCUGGCGCGUCUACAAGAAACGUAUCAUCUGGAUACGGAACAAAUAGCUGGAGGCUUCUUAAAUGGCGUCAAAUAUGGAACCAGCAUGACUUGGCAGGACUGUUUUGUUUUGGGCAAACAAUUAUUCUAUUUAGAGGAGUACAACCACACAAAAUUAUGGUUGAAAGAAUCCAUGCAACGCCUAAGCCGUGAGCCAUAUUACAAACAUCCACACACUUUCGAAUAUGUGGAGGAUGUGGCGAAAAGUCUACUUAAUUUAGGUGACUUGGAGACAGCACUUAAACUCUCUGAUGAUAUCCUGAGACUUGAUCCCACCCGCGAAACCGCCUCGUAUGUCAGAAAAACCAUACUCAGUCCAGUCGGCGAAAGGAAACCGUCUCUAACCACAAACCCCUCUUACUAUCAUCAAACCGAGGAAUUUGAAACGUACAAAAAAGUUUGUCGCGGUGAAAUUACACCCUCUCCAGCGCAAUUACGUCCACUCCGUUGCCGCUAUGAAAGCAAUAAUCAUCCUUAUCGCCUUAUAGCUCCUUUCAAAAUGGAGGAACAUAGCUUGGAUCCAUUGGUGUUGACAUUUCACGAUUUUAUCAGCGACACAAAGAUUGCUACCAUCAAACACAUGGCCACACCACACAUGCAACGUUCCACGGUACGCGAUGUAGUCACUAUGUCAAAGGCCACUGACUUCCGCAUCAGCAAGAACGCUUGGUUAGGCUAUCAGGAGCACACUUACAUGUUGGAUAUGUUGCGUGAUUUGCACGAUAUCACCGGCCUCGAUGUGACGCGCUGUGAAAAAUUGCAGGUAGCCAAUUACGGACUGGGCGGGCACUAUGAACCACAUUGGGACUUCUAUUUGGACUCUGAAUACAUGCAAGAGGGAUUGGGUAACCGCAUAGCCACCGCUAUUUUUUAUCUCUCGGAGGUGGAACAAGGUGGCGCUACUGCCUUUCCAUACUUGAAUACCGCCAUCAAGCCCAAAACGGGCAACGUACUUUUCUGGUACAAUUUGCAUCGGUCGCUGGAUGGAGAUUAUCGUACUAAACAUGCAGCCUGUCCGGUAUUGAAAGGAUCCAAAUGGAUCGCCAAUGUUUGGAUCAACGAUAUAACGCAACCAUUUACGCGGCCCUGCCUAUUGCAUAAUGACAAUGAAAUUUCCAAGCCGUACGCAACUGUUAAAUGAUUUUUUUUAACCAUAUAUUUAUAAUAUUUAUUAGAUAUUUUUAUUUACUGUAAAUAUAUGUAUUUAUGUAUACGAGUAUAAGUAUAAACUUUUUUUGCGAUUCUAUAUAACUUUUUA